AUGACCCGACCCAAGGUCCCAGAUGACAAGCGCCAACGGACUGCACAGGCCUGUGACACGUGUAAGCGACGAAAGCAAAAGGUAAGCAUCCUCUUUUCCCCAUCCCCCACGUUCCUGGUGCACCCAACUCUUGUUUUCUGUUCGUGGUAG